AAAUAUUUGUGAAAGACCUAUCACAUGGCGCAGGGACGAAACAACGUAUUAUAUUGAUUUAAUAUUUGUUACAAAAAUGAAGAGCCAUGCUCGCAAAAUUCACAGUUUUUAGGGAUGAAGCUACCUUUUUGCCAGGAAUUAAAAGACUGGAUUUUUUUCCGCAUUUUGUUUAGCGUUUUAAAUACUUAGACUUAUUCAGUUUUGUUUAUGGUAACUCAGAAAAACUAGAUUUGCGUUGUAGAAGGUUUAUUUAUAAAUAUUACACAAAGCUCGAAGCUAAGGUUUAUUGAGUACGAGAAUAUUAUCUCGCUUCAAUAUGGUUGAGAUAAAAGCUGAAAGCAAAAAAGAUUCAAAUACAAAACAUUCUGUUAAAGAAAGUAAUAAAAAAUCGGGUUUUAUUGACCCAGGUGAUAAAACUGGCAAAGAAAUUGUGCAUGAUAAGAACACACCGUCCACUAAAAAUGUAUGGAAAAAGGCUGGAGCUGACCAUGUUGGUGUUGGAAAUUAUAUAAAACAAAUUGAAGUAUUGAGUCUAGAAGAACCAAAUACAAAGACUCAAGAAUCUGUUGAUUGUCUUAUUUGGCCAAGUUUAGAUUCUUCAACAGACAGCACAAAAAAUACAACCAGUCCUCCAGGUCCAUCACCAAAGGGAACACCUAACAAGAGAAAAGGGUUCAAAAAAAAAUGGACUCCUUUGCCAAUAGAUCCAACUACACAAGAUUUGGACAAUGUUUCUUCUGAAUAUAGUAGAGGCAGAACCAGCCGUGGUCGUGUUAGAGGACGUGGUCGGGGUGGAAGAGGCAGAGGUAGAGGCGGUAGAGUUUCGGCUGGAUACGAGGAACAAAAUGGUUUUUAUGUUACUCCUGAUGGACUUUUUGUUCCUCAGCAACAUGGAGGUUUUUAUGCUGAAGAGCCAGUCCAACCAAUCACAACAAUUGUUGAUAAAACUGUUCUCAAAGAUCUUAUUCGAAAACAAAUUGAAUAUUAUUUUUCUGAAGAAAAUCUCAUUGGUGAUUUUUUCUUACGUCAACAGAUGAGGAGUGAUGGAUCAAUACCAAUUGAAAUGAUUGCCAAUUUUAACAGAAUAAAAAAGUUGACUACUGAUUAUAGCUUGAUUUUAGAGGCAUUAAGUUUAAGUACAGAGGUGAACUGUGAUGGUCAUUCAGUUAAAGCGAAGUUUCAGCCAGAGAAGUGGCCUAUUGUUAGCCCUACACUUGAUGUUGCUAUAGAGAAAUUAUCACCAGAUCCAAAAACACCCACCAAAAAUGAUCUAAUUACAAAAAAUGAUAUACCCACAAAAAAUGAUCCUAUUGCACUGAAAGAAGAUAAAAAUACUGAAAAGGUCAAAGAUGAAUUCAUACCUAAUUUUAUGAAAAACAAAAAGUCUGCUGAAGAAUGGGUUGAGGUUCGUCGAAGAUCUGGAUCAUUAAAAAAGAAAGAAGAAUCAGAUUUUGUUGAUUCCCGUGAAGAACUCGAUUUCAAAUUUGAUGAAGAAGUGCCAAGCAGUAAAAAGCAAACUGUUCCAGCUGAAAAAAAAUCAUAUGCAGAUGAUUGGUCUGAUGAUUCUGAUGAUGAACUUGAUGAUUAUGAGAUUGGAAAAAUAGUUAUUGUAACACAAACUCCGCCUCCUCCUAAAAAAUAUGAUCGAACCGGCAACUUUACUAACAGAGCAAAAAUUUCGCAAGAACUUGCUCAUAUGAUUAGUGAUGGGCUUUACUAUUACGAACAGGACCUGCUUGAAGAAGAUAAUGAUCUUAGUUAUAUAAAUAGAAAGGUUGAACUAUCAAGCUCCACUGGAAAUGUUGGUUUGAUUAGUGCAAAAGAUUUCAAGCAACUUAAACAACGAGCAUAUGAUUCUGAUAUUGAUGAUUAUCAGGAAGCUCCUAACAUUAAAAAAGCUCAUUCGUUGACAUUUAGCUCAUCUGUAAUGGAUGAUUCUUCUGACAGAAAAGUUUCUGCUAGCUUAAAAAUAAGAGAAAUUUCAACUAAUAUUUUAUCUUUGUCCUCUUUACAUGUUGAUGCUCCUGAAUUUAAGCCCAGGCCAAGAGCCAACACAACACCACUUUCAUCAUCUUUGCCAUCGACUGUUAGUGAUUUUAGAGGGAAUAAAUCUUACAGAAAAAUACACGAGCUUAGAACUAAAAGAGUAUCUAAUAAAAAAAAUUUUCCACGAUUUUAUCCAGCUAUUGAAAAAGAAGACCAGGGAUCAAAGCCACCUCGUCUUCACAAGUCAAAAUACAGUAGCAAUCCUACAGUUGAACAGCAUGUUGGAUGGCUAUUUAGCCCAAAAGCAAAAAAAAUAAGGAGUCGGCAUAAUAGUAAUAGUAGUGAUGCAGGUUGUGGUGCAUCUCCACACUUGAACACCCUAUCAAGUAGUUUUGGAAGCACUGGAAGUAUUGGUUCUGGAUCCAUACCUCAUUUUGAACACCCUUCACAUUCGUUGUUAAAAGAAAAUAAUUUUGUUCAGCAUGUGUAUUACAAGUAUUAUACUAAAUGUCUCAAAGAAAGAAAGAAAGUUGGAUUUGGUCAAUCACAAGAAAUGAAUACAUUGUUUCGAUUUUGGUCAUUCUUUUUGAGAUCUCAUUUCAAUAAGAGAAUGUAUUCUGAAUUUAAACAAUAUGCUGUCGAAGAUGCGGCUGCUGGUCACAGAUAUGGAAUAGAAUGUUUGUUUCGGUACUAUAGUUACGGUCUAGAACAUAGAUUUAAACCUGAUUUAUAUAAAGAUUUCCAGGAAGAAGUUAUGAAAGAUUAUCAAAUGGGUAACUUGUAUGGCUUAGAAAAAUUUUGGGCUUUUCUUAAAUACUACAAAGGAAAAGUUAAAUUUGAGGUGGACAUCGAACUAAGUACGAUCUUAGAGAAUUUCAAAAAUGUCGAUGAUUUCAGAAGAGAGGCUUCUCGAUUGAAUGAAGAAAAAAAGAAUUUAUUAAAAACAAAAAAAGAUGACGAUUCUUCUUCGACUAAAUUAACUUCUGAGGAGGAAAAUCGGAAAAUCUUGGACGAAGAGGAAAAAAAUAAAAUGAAUAGAAGCAAAAUAAUGGACGAAAAGUUACAUAAAGAAGAAAUUAAAGACCAUAUUAAAUUGAAAAUUGGAAAGAAAAAAAGCGAUGGUAAUCAGUCCAACUCAAAUCAAAGAAAGCAUAAAGAUGAAAAACCUUUUAAAAAACCCACUGAAGGUAAAAAAACAGAUACGAACAUACAAAAAGCGAAAGAAAAUAAAAAUUAAAUGAACAACCGUUAACAAACAUGUCAUGGUUGUCAUGGGUUUUGAUUUUAGGAGUAAGUACUUAAAUGAUAUAUCAACGUUGUGUACGUUUUUGGAGAUGGUAUGACGACGUUGUUUUAGUGCGUAGAAACGUGAAACGUUCUUUUGUAUAAUUUUUAAUUAUUUGAUAUUUUUUAAAGGUCAUUACAAAACGGUUUCUUUCAAAAUGUUGUCAAAAAGAUAUUUUUUAAAAGAUCUUUAUGUAACUGUUUCUUUUGAAAUGUUAGAAAAUAUUUUGAAAACUUUUUUUAAUUUUGACAUAAAUUGUUUUCUUUUAUCGUAGUCUUCAUUUCCAACGACAAAUUUUAUUUGUAAUAUUUUUUUUUUUUUAUGAAGUUCUAAUGAGCCAUAUUAUGUUGAGUUGUGAUUGGUUGUUUGUGUUUCUCAAAUUUAAUUUGGAAUAUUAGAAUUUUCUUUAAUUUUAUUGUAUCUAUAAAAAGAAUUAAAAACUGCGAUAUUAA